AUGCAGGUUCUUCUCCAUAAUUUUGAUUGAGUAGCGUUCAGUAGUGAAUCAAACAAUAAGAUUUAGAGUAUUUUUAGUGUAUAAAGGGGUGUUCCAAAAUGCUCUACAAUGAUGUUGAGGGCGUAUAUUGUGAUCAAAAUUUUAUUCCCCAUUAAAUUAGGUACAAGCAUACCUCUAUACGUCUUUCUGAAUCACCCUACAUUCAAUUGUUAUUAUACAUAUUGGAUGUUUCUAGGUAAGGUCACCCAUGGCUGAAAAACAAUCUCAGUUCUCACUAGUUCCUAAAAUAGUAAAUGGCGGUAUCGCAGGUAUUAUUGGUGUCACCUGUGUGUUCCCAUUGGAUCUCGUCAAAACCAGAUUGCAAAAUCAACAGAUCGGUCCCAAUGGAGAAAAAAUGUACAGCAACAUGGUGGACGCCUUCAAGAAAACCUAUAGGGCAGAAGGGUUCUUAGGCAUGUACAGAGGAUCAGCUGUGAACAUCCUAUUGAUAACACCUGAAAAAGCCAUCAAAUUGGCAGCUAACGACUUUUUCAGAUACAAUUUGCAAACCAAAGAAAAGACUCUUCCUAUCUUCAGACAAAUGGUUGCUGGUGGUCUGGCCGGACUCUGCCAAAUUGUUAUUACUACCCCUAUGGAGUUGUUGAAGAUCCAGAUGCAGGAUGCUGGUAGAGUUGCUGCCCAAGCACUUCUAGUGGGCAAGACCGUCAAGAAAACGUCAGCGACACAGCUGGCCUUAGGUUUACUCAAACAACAUGGAAUUCUGGGUCUCUACAAGGGUACAGGAGCUACCAUGUUGAGAGACGUAACUUUUUCUGUGAUAUAUUUUCCUCUGUUUGCCACUCUGAAUUCAUUAGGACCGAGAAAGAAUGACGGAUCAGGCGAAGCAGUCUUUUGGUGUUCAUUUCUAUCAGGUUGCACAGCAGGAUCAUUUGCAGCUCUUGCUGUGAACCCGAUGGACGUCAUCAAAACGAGAUUACAAGCCUUAACAAAAGCUGAGGGCGAACGGUCGUACUCGGGUGUAGGAAACGCAUUUGUUAACAUUUUGAAAUAUGAAGGACCCACUGCUUUCUUCAAAGGGGGCGCUUGCCGUAUGAUAGUUAUUGCUCCACUGUUUGGUAUCGCCCAAACAGUGUACUUCCUUGGUGUUGCAGAAUACCUUUUAGGCUAUCAAAGAGGUUAA